AUGGUGCCACCACGCGGUAACGCGGGGGAUCAACACAAGCAAAAGCUGGCCCCGGUUGAGGUUUCAGUUGACCAAGACGACGAACAAAUCAGGGCGGCGCUAUUCUCGUGGGUCAAUAGAGUGCGUCUGGAGCAGCAGGAGACUGGACUUGAAGGUCCUCCACUUCUGUCGGCACAAUCGUCACGGGCUCCGAAAAAGAAAAUUACCAUCCAGGUUGCCUCACCUCGGCGCAUACGCACCUCAAGGUAUCUCUGCGAGGGUGACCGGAAAGAAAUUAUCGCGCGGGUUGGCAGUGGCGAGCAGCAAUCUUCACUCCCGAAGGAGUUCGGCGUCAGUCGUGCUGCGAUUUGCAAUCUCUACAAGAACCGACACCCGCGGAGUCCGAGAGCCGGGCGCUAG